AUGGACGCGGCUUUCGGUUUGGCGCAUGCCACGAAAGCAGCGGCCCAGGGAGAAAGCCCGGCCUAUUUAAGCCCCGGCGCCGGCCGCGUGGGAGGGAGGAGUGGCGAGGGCGAGGCCACAUCACUCACUCCACUCCACGACUCCACUCCCGGCCACCUCACCCGGACGCCGCCCAUGGCGCUCCAGAGCCGCCACCACCACCACGACGGCCGCCGCGUAGUAGCCCCGCCCGCUCUCCCGGACCGGGGCUGGGAGUGGGAGUGGGACUGGGAGGAGCUGGUGCGGUGCCAGCUCGGCGACGGCACUCAUGGCGCGCUCCCGGGCUUGCCCUCGUUAGGUGGCGGGGGGGAGGAGUCGCCGGUGUCGUCGUCGGAGGCGUCGACCGGCGGCGGCGGGGGCGGCUACCUGGAGGACGCCAUCGCGCAGUGGGGCGACCGGAGCAAGCGGCAGAGGACGGCUGCGGGGGAGGGUCCGCCGCGGUGCCCGGCCAUGGCGAGCGAGGACCUGCAGUGCCUUCUUCAGAGCUUCUGGGAUCCCAGCAGCGGCGAGGGAGCGCUCCUCCAUGACCUCAGCACCAUGGCCCCGGCCCCGGAGACCAGCGGCUUUGUCUCAGAGGAGGGCGCUGCAUCGGGCAGGGGGCAGCGGCAGGGGGAGGGGGGCCGGAGCGCGGCAGCGGCAGCGGCAGCGGGGCAGGGAGAAGCUUGUGGAGCGGCGGCAGGGCCCCCGCCACCCUCCUCCGCCACGGCUGCUGCUGCUCCCCGGCCACCGCUGCAAAAGGCUACUGCAGGGCGCGGCAGCGGCAGCGGCAAUAACUGCGGCCCGGCGUCCUCCUCGUCCUGCUCCUCGCUGGCAGGGAGGAGGAAGGAGGGGGUGCUGUACCCGUUUGCCGUGGUGAAGCCGCUGGUGCUGGACGGCGACACGCUGAACGAUGUUAACCGGAGGAUCCUCAAGCGGCCGGCGAGGCCGGUGCGGCACCCCGUCGGCCAGUUCGCGUGCGGCCCCGUCGUGUCGUCGACUAACCGGCCGGGCCUGUCCGGGAAGGCGGUCGUCAGCCUCACCAAGAUCAGGACCGGAGGGAAGGGCACCAUUACCAUCAUCAGAACAAGAGGCUAGGCUGACUGAGGAUGAAGCGGAUGGGUUAGAUGAAUCGGACAGAUAUUCUAUAUUCUUGUGACCAAGAUCGUCGUGAGAGUUAGUUCUCCUUGUAAAUACAUAGGUCUUUCCCUAACCUCUUUGAGAAUAAGAAGCAACCUAGCAUUG